CUUACAAACAUACAAAGUCUUAUAGACAGAGAGAGCACAGCAAUGGCGAACGCCUCGACUUGCGUAUUCCUCUUCAUCUCAUGUCUGUUAAUCGCAUCUCUCUUCACCGUCGACGCCGGCGGCGACCUCGACAUGGCCGGAUGGAUGCCGGUUAAGGCGGCGGAAGGCGGCAGGUGCCAAGGCUCCAUAGCGGAGUGCAUGGCGGCGAGCGGCGGCGAAGAAUUCGAAAUGGACACGGAGAGCAACCGGCGCAUCUUAGCCACGAGCAAUUACAUUAGCUACGGCGCGCUGCAGAGGGGCAACACGCCGUGCUCCCGCCGCGGCAGCUCUUACUACAACUGCCAGCCGGGCGCUCAAGCUAACCCCUACACCCGCGGCUGCAGCGCCAUUACUCGUUGCCGGAGUAGUUGAUUUUCUAUUCUAUCUAUCAUUUCAUUUUUAGUUGUAUCAUAUCAUAUCAUAUGCUACCACGCUCUUUUACUUUUAUAUAACAUGUGACACAGUAAUCUAAAAAUAAAAAAGUUAUCUCA